AUGAUCGAAGAAAUCUUAUCUUGCACACUUCCUGAACAAUGGGAAAAAAUUAAAUUGGAUCGCAUUUGUUAUCAAAUUUCAAACACAUCUAAAGCAGAUCAUUAUGAUUUGAAAGCUGAUAGUGCUAUUGCUGCAUUUAUUGCUGAAAUAAAAUAUAGAAAAAGUAUUCAGUUAUGUAUUUAUCAAGAAAGUAGUAAAUUUAACAGAGCAAAUAAAAGAAUUCGUAUAUGUUAUUUAUAUUUUAUUUAA